AUGGAACUUACAAUGGAGAACAUCGGCAACAUGCAUGGCGUCUCGCACUCGCAAGCGGGAGAACUGAUGAACGCAUCGCACGGGAGACCGUCAUCAUCAGCGUCCCACCGGAACCUGGUGUCGCACGGGCGCUCGGCGAUGGUCUCCAGCAUGGCUUCUAUCCUGGAUGGCACCGCUGGAGAGUACCGGCCCGAACCAGCACUAUCGGGCCACCUGCACCCAGCCAUGAGCAUGUGUGAGUCGGGUAUGAGCCUGUCCAACACAUACACUACGCUCACCCCGCUCCAGCAUUUACCCCCGAUCUCGACCGUGUCGGACAAGUUUCACCACCCGCACCCGCACGCGCACCACCAUGCCGCGCACCAGCGCCUCGCCACGGGCAACGUGAGCGGCAGCUUCACGCUCAUGCGAGAUGACCGCGGCCUGGCUUCCGUCAGCAACCUGUACGGACAUUAUCCUAAAGACAUGUCUGCCAUGGCGCCGCCCUUGUCGCCGCUGUCCAACGGACUCGGUUCUCUGCACAACUCUCAGCAGGCUCUGUCCGCAUACGGGCCAAGCGCGCACCUCGCCAACGACAAGAUGCUCUCCGGCGGCUUCGACUCUCAUGCAGCGAUGCUCUCGCGCAGCGAGGAGCACAUAGCCCGCAGUCUGGGGGGCCACGGACACGGCAUGAUCUCCAACCUGAACGGCAUGCACCCCCACGGACACCUGCACUCGCAGGCCAACGGGUCCAUGCUGGCCGAGCGCGAGAGGCACGCGGCUGCAGGCGGGCAUGGGGUCGGUGGGAGCAGUGGUGGCUCUGGCCAAGUGGAAGAGAUCAACACGAAAGAAGUGGCUCAGCGCAUCACGGCCGAGCUGAAGCGCUACAGCAUCCCACAGGCCAUUUUCGCGCAGAGGAUCUUGUGCCGCUCGCAGGGCACCCUGUCGGACCUGCUGCGCAACCCGAAGCCCUGGAGUAAGCUGAAGUCCGGUCGCGAGACCUUCCGGAGGAUGUGGAAGUGGUUACAAGAGCCCGAGUUUCAGAGGAUGUCCGCGCUCAGGUUGGCCGCCUGCAAAAGGAAGGAACAGGAGCAGCACAAAGACCGCAACCUGGCGCCCAAGAAGCAGCGGCUGGUCUUCACCGACCUGCAGCGGCGCACGCUCAUCGCCAUCUUCAAAGAGAACAAGCGGCCCAGCAAAGAGAUGCAGAUCACCAUUUCGCAACAACUUGGACUGGAGCUCUCAACCGUGAGCAACUUCUUCAUGAACGCACGCCGCCGCUGCGUCGACCGCUGGCACGAAGAACCCAGCACCAGCCCUGGGCAGCCUGGCACCUCAGCCACCACCUUCUCCAAGGCUUGA